UGGAGGAAAAGUAUACAUCACCAGCCAUGGAGGUCAGCAUGGACUCAGCUGACAACAUGGCUGCGGCCGCCUCUGCUGCCCAAGACGAACUGAAUCAGCUUGAACGUGUCUUCUUACGACUUGGUCAUGCUGAAACAGAUGAGCAAUUGCAGAACAUUAUAUCCAAAUUUCUACCCCCUGUGCUUCUGAAACUUUCCAGCACACAAGAAGGAGUACGUAAGAAGGUGAUGGAACUGCUAGUUCAUCUAAACAAACGCAUAAAAAGUCGUCCCAAAAUCCAGCUUCCUGUGGAGACCUUGCUAGUCCAGUAUCAAGAUCCUUCUGCAGUGUCCUUUGUUACAAAUUUUACGAUAAUAUAUGUUAAGAUGGGUUAUCCUCGUUUGCCUGUGGAAAAACAAUGUGAACUGGCUCCCACUCUCCUUACUGCGAUGGAAGGAAAACCUCAGCCCCAACAAGACAGCCUAAUGCACCUUCUAAUACCAACCCUUUUUCACAUGAAAUAUCCUGUCGAACCUCUGAAAGCAGCUUCUCCGUUUAAUCUUGCUGAAAAACCAAAGACUGUACAGCUGCUAUUGGAUUUUAUGUUGGAUGUCCUCCUUAUGCCUUAUGGAUAUGUAUUGAAUGAAUCCCAGAGUCGCCAAAAUGCACCAUCGGGGCAGAGCUGUUCUUCUUCAAGUAGUUCUGGAGGUUCUGGGAUCCCUCAGCCUCCUCCAGGGAUGAGCUUCUAUGCAGCCAAGCGGGUAAUUGGAGACAGCCCAUGGACACCUGAACAGCUGGAACAGUGUAAACUGGGCAUUGUGAAGUUCAUUGAAGCAGAGCAGGUGCCUGAACUUGAAGCCGUCAUACACCUGGUCAUUGCAUCCAGUGACACGCGACACAGUGUAGCAACUGCAGCGGAUCUUGAACUCAAAAGCAAGCAAAGUUUAAUUGACUGGAAUAAUCCAACCAUCAUCAGCAAGCUGUACAAAGUGUACCUCGGAGACAUACCACUAAAAACCAAGGAGGGAGCUGUUUUGAAACCAGAACUGAAACGUGAUCCAGUUAGCACGCGGGUUAAGUUAAAGAUUGUCCCUCAUCUUCUGCGUUCCAGACAAGCUGCAGAAACGUUUCCUGCAAAUAUUCAGGUGGUUUAUGAUGGACUUUUUGGUGCAAACACCAAUGCAAAACUGAGAACUCUGUCUCUUCAGUUUGUACAUCAUAUCUGUGUAAUUUGCCCAGACAGUAAGAUAAAACCACUAGGCCCAAUGCUUCUGAAUGGGCUGACAAAACUUAUUAAUGAAUAUAAAGAGGACCCCAAACUGCUAUCAAUGGCCUAUUCAGCUGUUGGAAAACUCUCUAGCCGAAUACCUCAACUAUUCACAAAGGACCUUGCUCUAGUCCAGCAGUUUUUUGAAGCACUCUCUAAGGAAGAUCCUGAUACCAGACUGGCCAUUCAGGAAGCCCUGUCCAUGAUGGUUGGGGCUUACACCAGUUUGGAAGGAGCACCGCGUACUCUCAUGGAGGCACUUGUGGCCUCAAACCUAAUUAAGCCUCAAGUCCAAGUGCGUCAGGUGGCUGUAAAAUUUGCCAGCACAGUGUUCCCUCCCGAUCACAUCCCUUCAAGAUACUUGCUGCUUUUAGCAGCAGGAGAUCCACGUGAAGAGGUGCAUGGAGAGGCCCAGCGUGCACUGAGAACGUUUCCUGGUAAAAAUGAAAAGGAAAGUGCUGGUAAACAGAUGCCUUCCUUCCCAGAAAUGGUCCAGUAUAUUCAAGAGAAGGCCUCUCACAGAAUGAAAACUCCAGCUAAAUAUAUGACGGGGACUACGGUCAUGCCUUUCAACCCGGCUACUUUUGGAGAGAUAGUCCUUUACCUCCGGAUGUGUCUCGCUCACAGUGCGGGCAUUGUGCCCACCUCUCAGAGCUUAGCUGAUAUGCAGGACCAUGCUCCAGCCAUCGGCCGCUAUAUAAGAAAUCUCCUGUCUGGACAUUUUAUAACAUCCUCGUCCUCAAAAGGUGGUGAAAGCAACCCUGUACAGAUCUACAUAAGUCUCCUUCAGCAGCUGCUGUCUGGUGUUGGAGGUUUGCCCGUAAUGUACUGCCUCCUGGAGGUUGUCUCAGUCUAUCCUGAGAAACUAGCAGCAAGAUUUGUAGACAAAAUGGAUUGGAUAAAGAGUCUUAUGAAUACGAACAAGGAAGAAAUGCGGGAGCUGGCUGCUCUAUUUUAUUCAGUAAUUUUGACGACCGUGUCAGAGAAUGAAUUUAAGACAUCUGUUCAGCAGCUGAUAAAAACGGCUAAGGACAAUCAUAAUCUGGAAAUGCAACAUGGAUCCUUGUUGGCUCUAGGAUUCACAGUAGGACGGUAUUUGUCAAAGAGGAAAGCCAGGAUGGUAGAAAUGCAUGACCUUGACCAGCCAGACACUAUUGUUGUCCCAGAGCAAGAUCAGCUGAUCAAGUCAACAACAGUGACUAUAGGUUCUUUUUUAGAUAGUACCUCACCACUUUUGGCAAUAGCUGCUUGUAGUAGGAAUGCCCCUCUGCCCAUCCCUAAUGAAGGUACUGGUUUCACAAAGCUCCAUCUUGUAGAAAGCUUACUAGCCAGGAUUCCUUCUGGCAAAGAAACUAAUAAGAUGAAAGAACGAGCUAUACAGACACUUGGUUACUUUCCUGUGGGAGAUGGAGACUUUCCUCACCAGAAGCUACUCUUGCAAGGACUAAUGGAUUCCGUAGAGGCCAAGCAAAUUGAACUCCAGUUCACUGUUGGAGAAGCUAUAACCAGUGCCGCAAUAGGAACCAGCUCCGUAGCUGCCCGCGAUGCAUGGAUGGUAGCUGAAGAAGAGUAUACCCCUCCGGCUGAUGUGAAAGUUAAUGAUGUGGUUCCUUGGGUCUUGGAUCUCAUUCUGAAUAAACAUAUUGGCAGCCCCAAUCCUCACAUACGACAGGCCGCCUGCAUCUGGCUCUUGUCACUGGUGAAGAAGCUGAGCACGCACAAAGAAAUUAAGUCUCAUCUCAAGGAAAUUCAAAGUGCAUUUGUCUCUGUUCUGUCUGAUAGUGACGAACUCAGCCAGGAUGUUGCCUCAAAAGGGCUUGGUUUGGUAUAUGAGCUUGGGAGUGAACAAGAUCAACAGGAACUGGUCACUACACUUGUUGAUACUCUAAUGACUGGCAAAAGAGUCAGGCAUGAAGUGACUGGGGAAACUGUGGUGUUCCAGGGAUCUGGCCUUGGCAAAACUCCAGAUGGCCAGGGUCUCUCUACUUACCAGGAGCUUUGUUCGCUUGCUAGUGACCUCAACCAGCCAGACUUGGUGUACAAAUUCAUGAAUUUGGCUAAUCACCAUGCAAUGUGGAACUCUCGGAAGGGAGCAGCUUUUGGUUUUAAUGUGAUUGCUACCAAAGCUGGGGAACAACUGGCUCCUUUCCUCUCUCAGUUGCUUCCUCGUCUCUAUCGUUACCAGUUUGACCCCAAUAUUGGGAUUCGGCAAGCUAUGACCAGCAUUUGGAAUGCUCUAGUGACAGACAAAUCCGCAGUAGAUAAAUAUAUGAAAGAAAUCCUUGAUGAUUUAAUAAACAACCUGACCAGCAACAUGUGGCGGAUUCGAGAGUCCAGCUGUUUAGCACUGAAUGACUUGCUAAGAGGAAGGCCCUUGGACGACAUUAUUGAUAAGCUUCCAGAAAUCUGGGAGACUCUCUUUAGAGUGCAAGAUGACAUUAAGGAAUCUGUUCGAAAAGCAGCUGAAUUAGCCCUGAAAACUUUAAGUAAGGUAUGUGUGAAGAUGUGUGACCCUUCAAAAGGAGCUUCAGGCCAGAGGACGAUAGCUGUUCUGUUGCCGUGCCUUCUUGAUAAAGGGAUGAUGAGUACAGUAACUGAAGUACGAACCCUUAGUGUUAAUACCUUGGUGAAGAUCAGUAAAAGUGCUGGGGCCAUGCUAAAGCCACAUGCUCCCAAACUCAUUCCAGCUUUGUUGGAAUCACUGAGUGUGCUGGAGCCCCAAGUAUUCAACUACUUAAGCCUUCGUGCUACAGAUCAAGAGAAGGCUGCAAUGGAUUAUGCAAGACUCAGUGCUGCUAAAUCCUCUCUCAUGAUGGAAACAAUCAAUAUGUGCUUGCAGUAUUUGGAUGUAUCAGUCCUGGGGGAGCUGGUGCCUAGGCUGUGUGAGCUGACCAGGAGCGGAGUAGGCAUCGCAACUAAGGGUGGCUGUGCUAGUGUAAUUGUAUCAUUGACCACUCAGUGUCCUCAAGACUUGACACCGUAUUCGGGUAAACUCAUGAGUGCUUUGCUCAGCGGGCUAACUGAUCGCAACAAUGUGGUACAAAAAGCAUUUGCGUUCGCCAUGGGACACCUAGUUCGAACAUCACGUGACAGCAGCACAGACAAAUUACUGCAGAAGCUGAACAGCUGGUACAUGGAGAAAGAGGAGCAAGUCUAUAAAACAGCCUGUGCAUUAACUGUGCAUGCUAUUGGGCGCUACAGCCCAGAUGUGCUGAAGAAUCAAGCCAAACUGGUCUUGCCUCUGGCUUUCCUGGGCAUGCAUGAAGUGCCUGAGGAAGAAAAGGGUGAGAAAGAAGACCGGUGGACUGAAGUAUGGCAAGAAAAUGUGCCUGGCACCUAUGGCGGCAUAAGACUGUAUAUGGAGGAGCUGAUAACCAUCACCCAGAAAGCUUUGCAGUCCCAGUCCUGGAAGAUGAAAGCUCAAGGCGCAUCUGCUAUGGCAUCUAUAGCAAAGCAAUCUGGCUCCUUGGUACCUCCACACCUGGGAAUGGUGCUCAGUGCUCUGUUGCAGGGCUUGUCUGGAAGAACAUGGACAGGAAAGGAGGAAUUACUGAAAGCUGUUGCCGGUGUCGUCUGUGCCUGCAGCGCUGAACUACACAAGGCUGUUCCUAACCAGCCCAGCGUCAGUGAUGUCCUUCAGGCUAUGCUUAAGGAGUGCCGCAAAGAGAACCUUGGGUACAAGAUCGUGGCUCUCCGGUGCACAGCUGAUGUGCUGAAAGCCACGCAGGAAGAUCGCUUCCAGGAGCUGGCAGACAUCAUCUUUCCAAUAAUAAAGAAGAAUUCUCCAGAGAUGAUGGGAGCCAGUCCGUCGCAGAACGGUGACGAGGAUGAGAAUGAAAAUGAGAAGGAGCUCCAGAUGGACUCUCUCCUCUGUGCCUAUGAGAGCUUGGGCAAAGCGUGGCCUAGAAACGCAGAAACACAACGCUGCUACCGACAAGAGGUGUGCAAACUCAUGUGCGAGCGACUGAAGCUCAGCACCUGGAAAGUACAGCUGGGCGUGCUCCAAGCAAUGAAGGCUUAUUUUCAAGGGUAAAUUGAGUGCCUGGUGCUGUUGCUGAUUCUGUGCCUCUCCCCACCCCCAACACACACACUUGCCAUUCACUUAUCCGCAAGUGAAUCAUUCCCCCCCUCCCCCUUAGAGAAUAAAAGCUACACCUCCAUAAGAACAGAAGCCUUGUCGGUGAUAGAAGUGCUGCUCACGAAACUUGAAGAGUCCAAACAGUGGGGGAGCCUGAAUGCGGAUAGCAGAGAACUUCUCAUUGGCUCCCUAACUGCGCUGACACUGGACAGCAGGCCUGAACUGCAAGAGAAAGCAUCUUUGUUAAAGAAAACCCUUGAAAAACUUGAUUGAUUUUUUUUUUCCUCCGGGGGGAAAAAACAAAACACAACCAAGUGCCAUGUGAAACAAAGCAAGCAAAAAACCGAAAGCACGCAGUGUGCUCUGAAUACGAGGGAAAAGUGAAGAUGACUUUGUAGCAUGCAUCAUUCCUUGGCUAAAAUAAAGAACGCCUUGAAAUUUUGUUCCCCAAUAAUUUUCUUCUUUUUUUUUCCUUUCCUUUUUCAAAACAAUCUCAAGCAGUUUGGGUAGUUAAGGAAGCCAUGAAAGUAUUAAAAAGAAAACAAGCUGCAUAAUGGAUAUUUGGGACAUCGGUCUGAUCUGUGUGGGUAAAGAGGGGGGGAAAGAAGCACCAUGUUCGUAGAUUAAACCAGGCCAAAUCUUUUAGCAUAUGUAUGACGCCCAAUAACCUCUGUAGACAAAGGUGAUGACAGGAGCACUGGACAGCAAAGUCCUUACUCAGGCCUUCCUUGUAUGUUCCAUGUGGCACGGUGAUUUCUUGGUGUUGUGCUGGUAACAUCCCAGUAGGAAGACAAAGACAAAUCAUGGUAUGACCAGAGCUCACUCUCCUUGCUGGUGCGGUCUGAUCUCCGCUUCAGGAAUCCCUCCUCCUUGAGUGCUGGCCGGUCUGGGCCACAUCCUGUCGCUUCAUGUGGGCAAGUUCAUGCCUUUCUGUAUUUUUAAAAGGGUGGAUCUUCCCACCUGGUAAGAAUGCACACUGGAAAAGCACUUUAACCAGCUGCUUCGAAGCAAGAGUGUCUUGGGGACUGGAUGAAAAAGGAAGCCGAAGCUCUGCUCUUCCCCAAAAUCGUUCGCGUGACGCUCGGAAGAAGCAAAAGCCUUGUCUAAGAUACGUCCUUUUGAAAGUGUUACACAUCCUCCCCCAAAGAGAUUUGAAACUAGAUUUUGCUCCCUUUAGGUUUGUAAACCCUUUCUCGCUUUGGAAAGCUGUCAUGUAAACCACGUAUACUCUUAUCAGACACAGGCAUCUUCUGGUUUCUAGGAAAUACUGAAGAGUUGAGUUUAAAUCUCCGUUGACCUGCAGCAAAGAUGUGAUCGUACUAAACGGCCAUGUUAUAUUGUCCCCUUAUAUGGGAAGCGCAAGAAGUGAUAGUUGCUCGCUCCAGUUUUAAUAAAGAUUUCAUAGAUGGUGAAGUUAAAUGUUUAAUCCGUACAACUUCACAACUGUCAGUUUCUGCAAGGUUUGUUCUCUGAAGGAACUUUGAUGUGGGAAUCAGUGUGUUUUAACCACUCUUAGAUGGGUGUGUAUGUAUGUGUGUGAUGUCCUUACUUGUAAGUUGCUGGCUGUAGAAUCAGAUCUAGGCGAAGGUAGUAUGUUAAUUCCUACGUGGAAGUGUCUUCUGUAUAGGAGUUUUGCAACACCCCAGAGCAGGCAAUAUCCUUUUUGGCCCAUUCCCAUCAUUACCUGCGGGAGUACAGCCCAGCUGGGUUUGUACAGAUGCACCCUUUGUAAGAACAAUUGCCUCCAGAUGGAGACUCUAUAAGGUGAGAGCUGCAGUAAGCCCUUUUCUGAACUACUUUGUACAAAUCUUGCCAGCAGAGUGAAAUUUCAUAUAAUUGGAGCUUGGGAUCUUCCUGGAGGUGAUCGUGAUGGGCAGGGGGUGGAGAGAUGCUUUUAGAAUUGGCUUAUUCAAUGUACCUCUUCCUGUAAGGGAACGUAACAGUAACGGGAGUUUGAAGACUACUUCACAUUAGGGCUGGCCAGAAAUUGUAGCAGUUUAGUGGGGCUAUAUAAAUAUAUAUAUAUCAAUAUAUAUGCCUUGUAUGAAAUGGAGGAUGGGAUCCCUGCAUCUUUCCAUCUAAAAAAAGGGUGGGAGGUACAGGGGUAUAAUGUAUGUACAUACCUGGGGGGUGGGGGUUACAUGCUAACUUCAAAUUGCGAGUGUUGAUGGGGAAGAUGCAUAGUCCCAAUAUUGAAUUUACAAAACUGGUACUAAGAAAUGGCUUUCUCAUCUGAGAAACUGUGAAUGUGCGUAUGUAUGUAUAUCUGUGUGUGCGUGUGGGGUCAGACUAUUGAAAAGCCUGCCUAACUAGCACCCGUCACGCUGGGAUUCUGAAAUGCUGUACGCUGCUUGUUUACAUUUAGUUUGAAUUUGCCAAGCACCUCUGUAAAACUGAAUGUUUGUAGGCAGAUCUCUGCAUAACUUUUACCAAAUACACCAUUUUGUCCUGUAAGUUUUUUUUAAAAAAAAAGAAUUAGGCAGCAGUUUUAAAUUGAUGCUUUUUAAUUUUUCUGCAAGCUAUUGAGUGUUUUAUAGAACCCGCAACAGCUGUGUCCUAAACACGCAGUCUCUGCUAUGACUUUCCAGCAGGGGCUUCAGAAUUUUGAAAGGGAGAUUUAAAAGCUUGUGUUUGGAACAUCAUCUGUAGAAGAAGUUUCCAAAUGGGAUUUUAAAAAAAAUUAACUGCACUGAAAAGAAUUCCAGGUUCAGAACAACAGUAACAGCUGCCUGGAACAUGCAAGCUUGACAAAUACCUUCUCUGGAUAACUUUUUUUCCUUCUAAAAUUUGAAUUUCUGAAACAUGUGCCUCUGAGAGAAUCCUACCUGCAAAACGUUGACUUAGAGGUCAAAUAUCUGUCCCUCUUGAAUUUGUUGACUUGAUAGAAAAAAAGUGGCCUUUGGAGAGUUAUGUUUUCCUCUGAAAACAAUUGCACUACAAAACACUGUUGCCCAUGAUGGGCCCUUGUGCUGCUGUUUAAUGCUGCUUUGUAUACCUGGAUUGAAGUGUGUAAAUUUGACACUAUAAGUACCUACCCGGCAGAAUUUACAAAUCGUUUUAUGUUGAAAGAUUUCUAAUGUUGCAAAAACAAACAAAAAAAGGUCUCCAUUAAAUUCACUACAUUGAAUUUCUGUAUCUGGCUGUCAAGUUAUGUACAAUGGAUUGAAACUUUCCCAUUUAAAGGGUUAACAAAAUAAA